AUGAACGAAGCCUCCUGCAUUUAUGUUAGAAGGAAGGAUGAACACUUCCAACAACAAUGCCAACAGAUUCGGGAAAAUGUAGAGUCGAUGACGGGCAUCAAUGUGGUGUUCCGUCCACUUUGUUUUGGCGACCCGGAGAUGGCACUUUUGGAAGCUGCGCUCAGUGCCAAUGUCACUAUCAAAUUUAUUGCCUUGGUAUUGGCGGUAGAGCUGCGACCUGGUGAAGCCCAAACAUUGGGAAACAUCCUUCGGACCCACACCACCGUGGAGACGCUGAUCGUUCGCGGCGCGCCCAACGACCAACUGCAAAGGUUGUGGUCGGGGGUGUUUUCAAACACUACAUCUCUGAAGACUAUCAAUUUGCAUGGGCUAUCGGCUAGUGCUGUCUCGACUUUGGCACAUGCUCGAACAGAUCAUUCAUCAUUGAUCACCAAUUUCGGUUUUGUCGAGUGUACAUUUUCCGCGGAAGCUGUGGAGGAUCUCCUCACCACUCAAUUCAAUCCACCAUUUCAACGCAAUGGGAAAAGUCACAGGUUGAUAGUCCAUGAGUGUAUUUUUGAAACUGUGGAAGAAAAACGACGCUUUGCCAGAGCUCUCGCCAGAACGACUUCUUGGCAGUCUUUUGUGUUUGAGGAUGAGAAAAGGCUCGACAAAGAAACUGCUGCCAUGUUUGCACAGGCUAUAGCUGCAAACCAUGCACUUGAAGAGGUGGGAUUUAUUGGUUUGGGAGAUGAUGAGUUGCAAAUCAUGACAAAUGCCAUUGAGAGGAAUCACUACUUGAUGGGUGCCGAGCUUUUGAGUAAGAACCACGAAGGAGGAUUUGAGCAGGAGUGUGAGAAAAGGGUUGGCCACUCCAUUUCCAUGAACCGGGCAGGGCGCCUCUAUUUGCAGGAGUCUAUUCAACGACCUGGUGAUGCAAGUCUGGAAGAGUUCUGGUUGUCCUCAUUGUCAAAGAACAUCAAUAAACACCCUCUUGUUUAUUCUUGGAUUCGAAACUAUCCCGACAUUUUUGUUCGGGUGGCUUUCAGUGGUGAGGAGGACAAGGAGGAUAUGAGUUGCAAGUUGUUGCUAAGAAGAAGCCCAAAACCAUGGGAUGAAGAAGGAAGGCUGCCAAGGAAGCACAUAGGACGUGAUCAAUUUGAGAGGUGGAUCGGGGCUGCGAUGGUCACAGCGAUAUCAAGCAAUGAAAAAACGCGGAAGAUACCGGUAGGCGUACAACUACGGGUCUAG